AUGGUGCUUAUGCACAGCACGUUGGGUGCAAAAAUCAUCCCAGGAAUGGAGGCGUUGCCGAACGUGGGGGCCGCCCCUAUCGAUGAUGUGAGAAAUUGGCCGUAUCAGGCCGCCGAAUACGGAUGCCAAGAUUUGUUGGCGUAUAGUUCGUACUCCCAUGGCUCAGGUGAUGUGUUUGUGGUUGACAUGAACAGUAUGCAACUGGUUCAAACACUGCAUGGCCACAAUGCACCUGUGACAUGUGUGCAUUGGAAGCCCCCACCGGCCUCCUACUUGCAACAUGGAUUGUUUCUCAUCACUGGAGAUCGUUUGGGGACGAUUGCUAUGUGGGAUGUAGCUGACGGCAUCAUUGUGAAUAUCGUGCGGGUACCGAACACACAGCCUAUUUAUGUUCUCACCUGCAUUGCGAAGCAAUAUUUAUUGGUUGUGACAAGGGACGGCUCGAAUUUUGUGUACGACUCUCACCUUGCGGACAAAGAACCAAUCAGUGGGUUUCAAUUCCCCAUUUGCAUCGGAUGCAACAACUCGUUUGCCCCAUUGCGUUUGUGUACUUCUAAGCUUAGCUCCACGCAGGCAUCUUGUGUCGUGCUUGGGGAUCGUCUGCGGGUCAUCGGUUCUUUGGAGACGGGAGUGCACGGGAGUUCCAGUAGUCCAUACGUAAAGGAUCUAAUUUACGACAGCGGGGACGGCCAUGAAACUGUUUUGGAUGCCGCCUUUAGCGAGACCAACGAGGAAGUUGUAUAUUUUGCGACACGUAAUUCCGUUGGAGCUUACGACUGGAAAACGAAUUUGGUGCUUGACGAGCAAGUAUUAUGGCACACGAAUGACGUGGAAUUUAGGCGACUUUUUGCUUCCUCGCCCGCUUUACUGACAGAGGUGGCGCAGAUGCUCCCUUUUUUGUAUUCGUUUGGGACCGAUCAGCGACUGUACGCCUGGCACAUGUGUCCAAAGGAAAAGGUGACAAGUGUCGCUGCCGACGUGCGAGGGGCGAGAAUUGUGUCCAAGACGGUGUCAAAUGUUGUUCAGUCUCAAGUGACGGCAAAUCUCUUUGCCGUUGUUUUUACCGAUGGCUCCGUGGCACGGUGGCGGUAUUUGGUGGAACGCCGGCGUUGGUCACUGGAGGGAUUUUUUGCCUUUGCCCUUUUAAAGCCAACCCAGAUCUGUGUGGUGGGGGACAACAUCGUGUGCUGCGCGCUGGAAAAUGGUCAUAUAGUGCUUAUAGAUGUCAUGCACAAUGUCACACUGCGAAGGAUAAACAUCGUCUACGCCGGCGGCACCCGUAUUAUCUUGCUUAGCCCGCAUCGUUGGGGGGAGUCGGUGUGGGUGGUGACAAACAAAGCCACCCAGCUGCGUCACUUUCACCAGGUAACACUGUUCGACUAUCGCAGCGGCGUCCCCCUAUGCGUGCUCCGAAAACCUACACACCCGGAUUCUUCCCGCAUGCACGAUAUCAGUUUAAAUGCCACAGGAAAUUUCUUGCUCUUAACAUUUCUUGAUGGCACCUUUGAGGUGUGGGAUGUAGAAGCGGCUGGCCUUAUUUAUUCCUUUGAGGGAAUGGGUGUGGCGGGAGUUUCAUGGGCACCACGGGUGUUUCUCUCAUGCCUUACGGGCGUUCAUGGGGUUCCCCAGCUGUUGGCUGUCAUCUUUACCGAUGGUGGAAUGAGCCUAUGGACAGUGUACAAGGAACGACUCGUAAAGAAUCGGGACAUAGCAUUGUUGCUUUCUGAUAACUCCAUCUCUCGCGUGAAGUGCGUGCCAAUCAGUGAAGGGUUGGUUUUGAUGGAUGGGGCAAGGCUUCCUAUUGUUGUAAGACCAGGGAGCUCUGGGUUUGCCCUGAGUGCCUUCAAAUCUAUUUCCAUCAACAACCCUGUGGCACACGUUGCGGUAUCGAAAGGUGACGGACUUAGUGCGAGCAGCUGUGCCGAGACAACUGAUUCUUCGCAGCUGGUUGCCGUCGCCUUUGUAGAUGGCUCCUUCGGGGUGUGGAGGGCAUCGAACCAAGAAAGGGUAAGUUAUUCGCGGGCAACACGGAUCAACUUGAUCGCAAGGCAUUUGACGUGGAUCGCGGAUAAGCUUCUUAUUCUUACCGCCAACGGGGACAUUGCGCUUAUUGACAAAUCACUUACUUCCGUCAACAGCAGUGUCUUUUGCAAGCUUCAUCGACGACCCCUGCAGACCAGCGCCUUUUUUCUGCCUGCCCACCGAACAUACAUUCAGACACUCCUAGAAACGCAAGUCAUGUGUAACUCGUCAGACACCAUCAACCUGCAGAGCACCAGCUCACCGAGUUACCUGGUACAAGGCAUUGAUCCACGGUGGCGCCCUUGUCGAGGACCAUUUGGUCAGGUUAUCACAGAAGCGAUUACAACCUUGGCGCAGGAAUUGAAGAUCUACAAGGAGACCAUGGUUCCACGGCACAUUUUUGGUCCACUGCAGCGCGCAUGUGUACAGAAGAGCACCGAGGAGCUUGCAUUGUGGGUGGCUCGCUUUUUUGGUCAAGUAGAAAAACAUCGCCUUUGGUGGCAGUUUUGUGUCACCAAGAGUCGCUGGCAACCUGGAUGCAGUGCUAUCUAUGAACCUCAGCCCUCGGAUCGAAUCAAAGUGGGACAGAAGUUAACUUGCCCCUUUCUUUAUAGCCACUGUAACCGAUUUUCCGAGGCUGUGUCAGACUCGGACAUCGUUCGUAGCAACCGUCUGUAUUUUAAUAAACAGCGCAUAGCCGCGCUGGAGGCUACGAAGAGCCAAUUGCUGGAUAACUCAGCGUGUCGUCUGACUGUGGCGCGAGAGCUUCUGAAGCUUCAAGAGCCUCAGCGGGCCAUAUCUGUGUUAAUGGACACCAAUGUGGAGAGCGAUCAAUUUUCGUAUCUUGCCAAUCUUGCCGUGGCGAUAGCAGCGGCUUCCGUUCCUAACAGGGAUGCUGUAUCAUUUCCUCUAUUUGUGGCCACAACGAGGCAUGCAGCUUCCUUGUCUUUGGAGCGAGGAGAUUUGGACGCCGCGGUGGAGAAGUACAUGCUUUCCGGUGACCAUUAUGAGGCGGUCUUAAGUUUGCAGUCCUGUGGUCACUGGAAUGAGGCAGCAGUGCUGGCGAAGUUAACUUCCUUGGCGACUCCUCAAAAAAAGGAGCUUUUGCAUCGGUGGUGUUCGUAUUACGCUAAACGUGGGGAAAUAAUGGAGGUGGCACGCAUGCUCUUUUCUUUGGCUUCUCCGUCUGAGGCUCUUGUGUUAGUGUCCGAGUCGGUUCACCUAACAGACGUUGCCGGUUUGCUUGCCAUUACCCUUUUGGAGGAUCCUCUUUUUUCCUCAAGUGAGUUCCUGCAAAAGGUGAUACCCUCGCCUUUGAGGGACAAAGAUCCGUCAGGGGCUUUGAGCCUAGGUGACGUUGUGCUGAAUACCCUGGCCGACUACUCUAGCGUGCUGAAUUCUGUUGGGAAUGUAGUGGCGGAACGCAUGGUAUUGGAGCUUAUCGCUUCGCUUAAGCGUGGCAACCGACGUGCUUCUGCUUCCGCCCUGUGA